AUUCGACUUCCUGCUGGAAGUUGGGGCCGCAGACCGGAAUGUAGGACCCCAGCGUCUGAGACCAACCCAGCAGCGGCAGUUUGAUCAAGAGGAAGCCAGCCUCGUCCUGUAGGUGACAGAGUCCGCAAUGACAGCCCUGCGUGUGUGUGAGAGAGAGCAUGGGGAGGUUAGUGCUGCUGGAUCUGGGAGGAGUUGAACAGCAGGGAAACUGCGAGGAGCUGGCCUCAUCAACACAGGAAUCAAGAAGAGGACCGACUGGUCGAUUUUAGGAGUUUCAAAUCAUGGCCCAUGUAAUGACGUUCAGAGAUGUGGCGGUGGACUUCUCUCCGGAGGAGUGGGAGUGUCUGAGCCCGGAACAGAGGAGUUUGUACAGAGACGUGAUGCUGGAGAACUACCGCCACCUUGUCUCCGUGGGACUUUGCAUUUAUCAACCACGUAUGUUCCCCAUGUCGGAAAAAGAGCAAGAUGCCUGCAUGGAUUUGGGCAUUGAGAGCAGAUUUUGCCCCGGUACAGAUUCCGGGUGGCAGAUGAAGAAAAUCCUACCAAAAAACAUCACGUGCUCAAGUCGGUUGUCCCACUGGGAGGUAACGGGAAUGGAGCCGAAUCACGGGCUUGAAGGCUCGUGUCCUGCCGCAGAUUGGGAAGACAAAGGUCAGGCUCCACCACAAAAGGAGAAUCAAGAAGGAAACCUCAAGCAAAUGACACUCACGUGUGACAAACUGCCCCUUCUGAAUCUGCUCACAGCUUUUAAUCAGUGUCCAAGACUGAAUAUAGCAGAGAAAGCAAAGGAACUUAAAUCUGAAAAUUCCUUUAGUUUCACACCAGAGCCCACUCAACUUCAGUUCAUCCACAGAGGGGAGAAAUUCGGGAGAGAUGAAAAAUGCGGAAAGACCUUUCCUCCUAGCCCUAAACUUACCCGAUACCGCGAAGUUCAUGCUGGCAAGAAGGCAUUUCAGUGUGACGAGUGUGGCAAGGCCUUCAGCUUCCGUUCUAGCCUCACUGGUCACAAGAGAAUUCACACCGGGGAAAAGCCUUUCAAGUGUAAGGAGUGCGGGAAAGCCUUCAGGUUCCAUUCGCUGCUGAGCGUCCACGUGCGGACUCACACUGGCGAGAAGUCUUACGAAUGUAAGGAGUGUGGGAAGUACUUUAACUACAGCUCGGACCUCACUCGGCAUCACCGCAUUCACACUGGAGAGAAGCCCUACCAGUGUAGGGAAUGUGGGAAAGCCUUCAGCUGCGGCUCGGACCUUACGCGUCACGAGAGGAUCCACACGGGCGAGAAGCCCUACGAGUGCACGGAGUGUGGGAAGGCGUUUAUCCAACAGUCUCACCUCAUUAAACAUCAGAGAAUCCACACGGGUGAGAAGCCGUACGUCUGCAAGGAGUGUGGGAAAGCCUUCACGUGCGGGUCGCAGUUAAGUCAACACAGGAAGAUUCAUACUGGCGGUAAGUUGCAUAAGUGCAAAGAGUGUAAGAACUGCUUCAGCUUUGCCUUAGAUCGUACCCAGCGGCAGCUAAUUUACAUUGGUGAGAAGUUCUUUGAAGACAAGGAAAAUGGAAAGGCGUUCUUUCCAGACCCAGAAUUUCCUCGGUGUGAGACAGUUCACACCGGCAAGAAACUGUACGAGUGUAAAGAAUGUGGCAAGGCCUUUAGUCUGCGCUCCAUUGUCAGUAGUCUUAAAAAAAUUCAUAACAGGGAGAAACUUUUUAAAUGUAAGGACUGCGAAAAGGCCUUCCGAUGCCCCUCAGACCUCUCGCGGCAUCAGAAGAUCCACACUGGAGAAAAGCCCUACAAGUGUAAGGAAUGCGGGAAGGGCUUCAUUUGCAGGUCCGACCUUGGCCGGCAUCAGAGAGUUCACACCGGUGUGAAGCCUUACGUGUGUAAGGAGUGUGGGAAGGCUUUCACCCGCGGAGCACACCUGACUCAACAUCAGAAAAUUCACAGUAAGAAAUCACACGAGCUCAGCGAAGGAGAGAAGGCCUUUGGUUGUGGUUUAGAACCCGCUCCGCGGUGUUCCCUGAUUCACACGGGCGAGAAGUUCUGGGAAGGAAAGGAACACGGAGAGACCGUCCUCCGUGAUCCGGAGCAUACUCAACUUCAGACCGCUAAGACGUCGUAUGACCGCAAGGAAAAGGCCGAGGACUUUAGUUGGCGUUCCCGGGAUGCGGAUCUCAAGACAAUUCAUAUUCGGGAGAAACGUUUUCAAUGCAAGGAAUGUCCGAAGGCCUUCAGAUACAGCUCAGAGCUGACCCGACAUCAGAGACUGCAUACCGGAGAAAAGCCGUAUAAAUGCCAGGAGUGCUGGAAAGCGUUCGCCUCCGCGUCAGACCUCGCCCGGCACCAGAGGAUUCACACUGGUGAGCGGCCCUACGAGUGUACUGAGUGUGGCAAAGCCUUUAUUCAGCAGUCCCAUCUCAUCAAACAUCAGAGAGUUCACAGCGUCGAGCAGCCCAAGGACGCGCCGAACGCAGAGAAGCCGCUGCUUGGCAGUCAGAUGCUGUUGAACAUGAGAGAGUUCACACUGGUCAACAGUCUUAUAAAUCUAAGGAGUGUUGGGAAGAUUCUGCUCAUGGCUCAGCUCAGCCAGCGUCAGGAGAUCUAUACGGAUGAGAAAUUAAGUUAAGGUGGGGAACGUGGGAAAGCCUAUGUCUAGGUCUCAAAUGUUGCCAGCACUAGAAUGUCCACAUUGGUGGGAAAUCUGAGACAGAUCUGGGGAAGCCUUCAGCUGUAACUCAAGCCUCUGUCCAUGUCAGUCCCUGGGGUAGAGAAUCCUACAGUGUAAGCAGCGUGGAGACUUUCGUGGGUUCAUGUCUUGCUCAAGGGAGAAAAAUCUUGAGAGGAAACUGGAUAUAAGGACUAUGGAAAGACCUUUCUUCCUGGUUCAAAAUUUAAUAGACAUCUGUAAAAUCAUGCUGACUAAGAGAACUGAAUUCAAGGAAUUUGGAAACAUUUAUUCAUGAUUCUGAACUGGUAGCAGUAAAUACUCGAAAGAUACGUAAGAGAUGCGGAAAUGCAUUUCAGAGUCACAGCUUUAGCGAGUGGAGACCGGCAAGCAACCCUGGCUCUCCGAGAAAGGUGGAAAACCUUUUCCCUUGGACUCACCUCUCAUAUGACAGAAAAUUCAUAGUGUCGCGGAGCCCCGAAAUGUAUGAAAAGUGAUUUUAGUUAUUAUGUCAACAUGGGUUCACACCUGGACAUUCAUACUCUUUGCUGUGGUGUGAAACCCAGAGCCUGUGCGUGCUGAGCUCUCUUGUUUCUCAGCUGCAGCCCCGGCCCUCACCUUUGAAGAAACCCAUGAAGAUAAAUAUGUUGAUUUGUUUUUCUAAGAGCUUACACUGUUCACUACUAUGGUAUCUUGUGACACAAAAAUUAAGGAAAGCUAACUUAUUUGUAAUGUUGAAUUUCUUUUUCUUUCUUUCUUUUCUUUUCUUCUUUUUUUUUUUUUUUUAAAAAAAGAGUUUUUGGCAAAAUAACAUGUCUGUCAUUCAAAGCCAUGAUGUGAUUGCUGUUAAUUUAGGGAAAACUGUACAGGUGGGUUAUUUAUGUACUUCGAGAAUGCCUUAUAAGAGAGGUUGCAUAUAGCUCUAUUGUAAAGUAUUGGCAAUGACAUAUAAACGUGUAACAUAUGUGAUACAUGAUUUUUAUAUGUGUAUUACUUACUUGCUAGGGAAAAUUUGAAGUGCUUGCUUUUUAAUACAACAUAAAAAGUCCAAAAGAAUUUUUAAAAAAAUUCAGAAUUGCAUUUUAAACGUUCUGUGAGGGCUGGAGAGGUGGUUCAGUUGGGAGAGCGUUUGCCUGGCAUGCACGAAGCCCUAGGUCUGUUCUCCAGCUGUAUAACCAGGCAUUGCACCCGUGAUUCUAGUACUCAGAAGUUCAAGGUCGUGCUGGACUAUGUAGUGAAUUCAAAGCCAACGGGGAGUUCGUGAGACUGUCUCAGAGGAAAAAGAAAAUCAUGUCCUACUAAGGUUACUGGGAAUCCAUAAUAUCUAUUUAUAUAACAUAUUUACUGUAGAAGAAAAGAAAACCCUGUGGAGACUCUGUAGGCUUAUUUUAGCAUAAUUUUUACAUUUGAAAAGUUUCAGUUAUAAAGGUAAAUGAAAAGUCACAGAAGAGGUGAGCCUAACAUCGAAAGGGAUGGUGAUGCUGGCUUCUUGUGUGAGCGGGUUUUUUUUUCGUGGGCGGAUGACAGUUCUGAAUGAUGCAGAUGUACGUAUGUUUAGUGCAGUCCUGCGUGUCAUACAAGUGCAGUUUCUGGUCCCUCUUAGUACUGUGUGUUCCACAGUUGUGAAUAGGUGUGAUACAGGACAUUUACAUGUGCAUGUCAUUCGGAAAUUACUGCUACCUAUGAACUUUACCACUUGGAGAAUUUUGUCGUAUAUCUUUCCUGUAAUAAAGCCACAGUCAUUCAUGCUGACCAGAUUUAUCUUCUGAA